UCCUGAAGCCAUUUCUAGACGGGGGAAACUAGAGUUGCGCUACUUUUUAAUCCGUUGCAUCUGCCUAAAUGCACUUUCUGAGGGAAAAAUACUUUUCAGAAAUCGAUAGUUCAGACACUCGUCUUUACUUUGGUCUGAUUAUUUUUGUAACCAUUGCGGCGGAUUAGCAGCUAUACGAGCUCGAAAGUUCCGAGAUAAGAAAGGGGUUACCCUGAAUACGCAAGAUGAGAAGAGGGACCUCCUCGGCUCAGGAAAAAGUGAUUUUAGCAGGGGUUGGAGGCUCUUCUCUGGAUAAUAAUAUAAUUUUAACAGCUCUCUCGGAUCGUUUGAACCCCGGUCAAUCAAACGCUACGUAUAUCCAAAUAAUAACCACACCACCGCCUUGCAACGUUACACAGACAUCAAAUGUGUGUUUAUCCGAGCCUCAGAUUAACAACAUUUACACAACUCCACAACAAGCUGCAGCAAACGCAGCAGGACAACGACCAGCUCUGGGAAGACCGCCGGCAAAAAGGCGAUUGGCGCUCGAUGAUUCGGACCACCAGUACCAGACAGAACCAGCCAAAACUCCAAGAGGUAGAGGAGCAGCCGCGGCAUCAAAUGGGGCACGGCUGAAGACACCCAGAACACCUAAGUCUCCACCAGAGAAGACGCGGUACGACACAUCUUUGGGCCUCUUAACAAAGAAGUUCGUGGACCUCCUUGCUCAGUCUUCCGAUGGCGUUUUGGACCUCAACCUUGCUGCUGAAACCUUACAGGUACAGAAAAGGCGGUUGUAUGAUAUCACCAAUGUACUAGAAGGCAUUCACCUCAUCAAGAAGAAAUCCAAGAACAACAUUCAGUGGAUGGGCUGUAGUCUGUUGGAGGUCGAGGGAGCGCUGAGCCAGAGACAGAGACUGACAGCUGAAGUUUCUGCGCUGGCUGAUGAAGAGCAGAGGCUCGAACAACUCAUCCAGAGAUGCUCUCUGGAUAUGAGACACAUGAGCGAGUUGCCAGGCAACCAGAAAUAUGCUUAUGUAACAUACCAAGAUAUCAAACAGGGGAGCCUCAGAGACCAGACGGUUAUUGUCGUCAAAGCGCCCACAGACACCAAACUAGAAGUGCCGGACCCUGAAGAGAGUUUAUCCAUACACCUGACCAGCACAAAGGGUCCCAUAGAAGUUCUGCUGUGCCCGGAUGAGGAAAACGACCCCAGGAGUCCCGUAAAAAAUGGGAACACAGACAUCAAUGGGAACUCUCCUUUCCUCAAAGUCCUUCAAGAUCCCAGCUGCACAACCACUUCUCCUAACCCCUUUCUGGCUCCACCUCCCUCCUCUUCCUCAGCUGUCUCCGUCACAACUCUUUCACCCAUCUCAUCCCCUUACACCAGUCUCCUGCAGCAGACAGAAGACCAGAUCCCCUCAUCCCUGGGUCCUUUCUUAAACCUUGGGCCUACUCUUCUGGACCAAGAAGAUGACUACCUGUUAGGUUUGGGAGACGACCAGGGAAUUAGCGACUUGUUUGAAUCCUGUGACUUUGAUAAAAUGCCCUCUCUUGGCCUGGAUGAGCUCCUGGGCAGCUAGCAUUAGGUGAACAAAACGGACGGACACACAGAGGGCUUUUUCUGUCCCACAGGGAGUACCGUGUUCUUUCAUGGUAUAACUAACAAACGUCAUCAGCAGUGUAAAGCCUUUGAUCUCCUUUUUAGUGGAUGCUAAUUUACAUGGCUGGUUGGUUAAAUGUAAAUGGGGAUGGGAAGGGUAUCCACAUCUUUGUAUGGGUGUUACUAUAGAGAGACAGCAAAGAGAGAACAGCUAUAAGGAAACAUCCCCCACAGUGCUUGGCAUUACCUCACAUCCGGGGUUAUUGCAUUGUGUUGAGCACAACCGUGCAGUUAGCAAAAAAACACCCUCGAGAUUGGGAAAGAAGAAAAAUCACAUUGUCAAAUCUUGAAGGAUCCUGUCUGGGAAUUUGUUUUGGCAAGGAAAAGGUCGAUCUUCUUUGUUUUAUCGUCGGGUGUGCAGAGCUACCCAGGUAACGCUUUAGAUGUGUUGCUGCCAAGUGCUGUGGGUAGAGUUCAAGCUGAUUUCAUCCACAACAAUGAUCUGUGACCGAAGGCUUUUACUGCUGACUGUUAAAUAGCCAUCUUGUGUGUGCACAUAUGAAACAUUUUUGGAAAUUAUAAAAAAAAAAUAUAUAUAUAUAAGAAUGGAAACAGGGCUGAUUUUGAUGCACAGCACUUGCAACAUAGUUAGAAUAGUUAGGUUAGGCUGAUUAUAAAGUUCAGAGUAUGAGUAUUGGGUACAUUUGGGUGUCCAUUGAAAAAUGAGUGUGGAAAAUAACGGGAAUAUGCACUCUUGAGUCAUUUAAGCAAGACAUUUAUUCCACAUAUUCCAGUGUCUCAUCUCCUGACAAAUACACAACUUGCUAAGUUGCUAAAGGAAGCUGGAAAAGCCAUCAUUUCUUGCCAGUGGGUAAAUCUGAACACGUGAUGUGCAAACUUAAAAAUCAUCUCCACCCUAUACUCUUGAUUUGGCGUAUUUGGGAGUUGACUCCUCGACUCUCGCUGCUUUUUACCUUUCCCAUCUUCAUUAGCAGUAGCCUGCAUAACUGAAUCCCUUAAUGUCUCCUCACUUAGACUGUGUGCAGUGCAAUUAUACUGUGGAUUGAGCUAUUCAGAGAAACCUGUAUUUGAAUCACUUACCACUCUGUGCACACUUCCUGCUCGGUGUGUACUGAGACUGUUGUUGGCUCUUUUUAGCUUCAAUAACUGUUGAAUUUUAAUGGAUUUUAAAACUGUAGAAAUUACUUAACGUCUUGGGUCAUCUAAGGGAAAAAAAACAGGAUGAGAUAGCCACUUAUUUAAACUUCAGCAUGUAAUGAAGGGCUUUUUUCCUCUGUAACAAAAUGUUUAAAAAAAAUACAGCUAUUUUGUAAUUUAAGUGAAUUCAGCGCAACUAAACCGUAGUGACUUGUGUUUGUUUAGAGCUACUGAAUUUACCGUGGUUAGCCAGCAAAAAAGGCUUUAUUACUUGCUGAAAAACAAGCUGAGAGGAUGUAAUUUUUUUCCACUUUAGGUAUUAGAAACACCAUCACAGUUCACUACCAGUAGCUUGUCUGAUUACAUCCCUUAUAAUAGUGAAGUGCAAAGAGACCUUGGCUUUUAGAGAUCACAGGUGAUAUUGCUGCUGUUAUUGUUGACUUAUCCCCGCCCGACCUGAUUGACGUGUGCCUGAGGAAUCACGUGUGUGAGUUAAUGUCAGAGUCGAGCUUGCGUUAAAGAGUAAGCCUGCCUGUGUGUAAAUUGAUGUACAGUUUUCUAAUUUUUUUUCAGUGCACAAGGUACUGUAGGCUACCUCUCACUUAAUGUUGCAAAAUAGAAAAUAGGGCGUUAAGAGAUAAAUGCCAUAGUUUGUAUGAUUUUGAAUUCUUUUGUUUUAGGAAUUGCCCGCGUUUUAUUUAGCAGUCAUGUCGGAAAGCCCGACAUUAUAGUGGGAAUACCGUUGGCCAAAAGCCAGACUUAUACUGUCACAUAUUAAUUUUCACCAUUGCGGUGCACAUUUGAAGCAUAGAAAAGUGGAUGAAUGUAUUGCAAUACUUUUUAGUGUGUGUCGUUUUUGUUUUGCUUUUUUCUCCAAUAAGUUAUUUAGUUCCUGUGUCAGUGUUUUUGUUUUAAUUAUGUUUUUUAAAUGGAGAGGCACCACUUAGACACAAAAAGGACAUAUUCAAUAAUCCCGGACGCAGGCAGUGAUUCACAGUUGGUCUAUCUGAUGCAGAGACAUUUCUGUGUUUUUCGCAUCCCUGGUUUGGCUGUUCUCUGUUGGAGGUGUGUAGGAACUUUUGGAAACUUUUCCCCUGAUAUUCCUUACCAUUUCUGCAAUUCUCACUUUUUUGGAGAGGAAUGACACCUCUCCAAGUGCCCCUAUUAUGUUCAUGUACAACCUCGGUUUCAUUAUUGCUAAAGGAGCUAGAAUAUGUUUGCGUGCUUUAAUGUUCAAAGAACACAUUAUACCGUACACUGCUGCAGCAUUUCUGUUCACUUUGUCUGAAACUUGCACUUGCGUGCCUUGAAUGCUCCACUCCCAAUAAUCCCCACAGUCUGCACUAAAUGGCUAGUUGGCGUGAAAAAGGCAAGGUGACUUUAUCUGACUACAGAAAUGCAAAAUAUGUAAAUGUGAACAUCGCUUUGGACUGUAUUAAAAAUACAGGGUUGUGCAUUCUUUUAGGGUCUGCCAAGUUAGCCACUAGGUGCAAGUGUUUUACACAGUGACCGAGAGGUUACAGAAGAAAAUCCUCGAAUGCAAAUUUUAUUCUAUUUUGUUGUUUGGAUGAACUUUAUUUUUUGUGCUGGUGUGUUCUGUUUUUUUUGUUUUUUGUUUUUUCUUUUGAAGCAUUUCACAUCUGCAAAAUUCUGACGCAAGAGCACGAUGGGGGCAAUUCAGGAAAAGCAUGUUGACUUGUUAAAAAAAUAGCCUCAACUCUGAGAAGAACAUCCAGUCUCUUCAUUAUUUUAGUCUUUACAAAAUGCACAAAAAUGUCCUGAUUCACAGCAGAGUUUCUCCACAGGCGUAUUUAUAUUGGUGUAUUUUACAUGUAUUCAUGCAAAGUUUAAACACCCACUCUCCAGUUUACAGUAGUUAAAAUAUUUUCCCCCAAGGAUUUCAAGCAACCAGAAUCUGGUUGCUAUAUUUUAUGUCCUUUUACAUGAGGGAUUUUUUUUGUGUGUGUAUGUGUGUGGUGGAAAGAUUGUGCCUUUCCAUUGGUUUCUAAUGGAAUGUUGGAGAUUUCGUGCACUGCUAAAGCUAGUGUCUGGUAAUAAUGAGUGACUUAAAAUUGCAACUUUGUUUUUCAUUUCGAAAUGUGUGAUUAGAUCUUACUGAAGUGUAUCGUUAGGCUAAGUAUGAUGCUAACUAUGGUCCACAUUGAAACAGCUUUGUUUUUAUUUUCUUAUGGUUAUUCUUGAGCUGUUACCAAAUACGAUGUAAUGAUCAGUGAAUAUUCUGUAAAGCUUAUGUAAAAAAACAAAAACAAACAAAAAACAAAUCUGAUUAGAUUGUCUGUAAAAUUAUAUUUCUGCCUGUUUUUGCUAAUUACAGAACAGAGAGAGCAGUUUGCGAUGUGAAGGCAUGGGUGAACGAGCUCAUGAAUGUUGGAGAUAAAAUUGAUGUUUUUUGAUGUGUGUAUUUCAGUUACAUGCUUGUUUAUGUACAUCUGUUAAAAUGAGGAAUUUGAGCUGUGUGUAUGUGUGU